GGGAAAGCAUAGCACAACCGCGCUCAAGCUUGCAGGCAUUUUUGUGACGUGAUCGACAACAUUGAAGCACUCUAAAAACGUUCUUUAUUCCAUGUUCGAACGCCCGCGCACGCGUUCUUUUACCUGUUCCACUACACCAUAGCUGUUCCAUGUAGCUGAUUUGGUUUUCACUUUGCCUUUCCUUUUUCUUUGUAAGUGCGGAAUGGCCUGCCGCAACUGGUAAGCCACCACUGUGCGCUAUUGUUCUCUGACAUCAGAUAAGGCUCUGAGGUCAAAAAACAAGAACGAUAAUGCCAAAGGCCCCAAAGGCACGGAAAAAGCUCCUGCUGGCUGCACCGGUCUCGAUGCGAUGGCCGACAGUUGACGACGAGUGUCGUUCCCGACUGCUGGAACGCUUCCGAAACAUGACUGGAACCUGGGAUUCGAAGACGCAAUCUCAUCUCGUACUGGGGCUGAACGCUACUGCUCGAGCUCUUGAACAGACCCAUCUGUCAGCGCUGCUAUUGAACUCUUCGGCGGAUCCCCCAAGGCUCUUGCAUGGACUCAUCAGGCUUGCACGAAAUCAAAAUACGCCCGUACUCUGCGUCAGCGAGCUGCAGGAGUGGGUGCCCGGUCUAAAUUCUUUGCUGGCGUUGGGUAUGCGGCAAUCGGCGCCCCCUUCGAAAUCGGUUGACGAUUUCUUGAACGCGGUGCGGCUGAACGCCGGUACUUGUUCCGAAAAAGUGUCUGGAAAUGGAAGCACUGUGGAAUCAAAAGAUGGAAAUGAAAUCGUGGGCGAGACUGCAGUAACAUCCGCAGCCUCCGAAUCCACGAAUGCCGAGUCGGCCAUUAGUGCGAAAAGAACAAGUGAAAGCAAGAGUAGUGAGCUGUUCUCGGAAGAUGCGAAAACUGCCAGCACGAAAACUGAACACUCGUCUGAAGCACAGACCGAAAUAUUACAUUCAGAAACCUGCGCCACUAAAGAUAGACUGACAGCAUCAGUUGCUGUAGACAUUGAGCUCUCUGAAGAUGGUGGUUUAGGAUUUCCAGACUAUGAAUGGGAAUGCGGCAGCCUUGUUGAGGUAGUAGAAUCGUCUUCGCAUGCACCACAAAAGAUAAAACCGGUUGCUGUGCAUUCUGCCCACCAAGCGUCAUGUUUAGCCAAGGCUAACAUCAAGCAAGUUUUCUCAAAAGGGAAGUUGAAGACUAAAAAAAAGCGUGGAGUACUUAAGGCAAUCAAAUAAGUUUGAAGCUUCAUCAGUGUGAACAGCCUUUCUGGUGUGUACAUGUGCAUUUGGUCACGAGUUAAGGCACCUCAGAAGUAUCAUUUGUGGAGGAAACAAAAGUUCUAAUUGCAUGCCGCCAAGACAUAAUAGCGACACAAGUGUGGCAUGGCUUAUGGCAUGAGAAUAUAGAGUGAUGUUAUUGUCGAUCCAAUGAUGUCACAUAGUACGAUGCAAAAGAACUUGUGCCCACUCAAGAAACCACAGGCGAGUGUAGAAAGCAUGAAACCAUCGUAUCAUCCGACUAUGGUGCAUCGGCUAUAAGUGUACAUGGGACUGUGUGUGUAUGUUGGUGCUUCUUUUUUCUCUCCCCCUCUCUCUUCAGGGUUGUCUUGUGAGCCAGUAAAUUAAUGGCGUCAUAAUGCACUGUCAUUUAUUGGUACCAGAGCUGCAAUAAUGUAUAACACCUUGUCAUUCCCAAUAUUGCAUUGUCAUGAGCUAAUCACAGUGGUUGUUGGUUCUGUAUUGACCAUGGUCACUGUUGUCCACUCAAGAAAUGACAAGACGGCAAAACGUAUUGAUGCGAGGAGAAAGUCGGCACAUGCUGUUUAUUUCUUGGACACUACACCAACAGCAUGGAUCACAGCAGAUUAUAGAUUAUGCUUACAGAUUGCAGUAAUACACUGAGAAUAACAUCACUGCAAGAUAAAACACGGGGAAAGCGAGAUGGAAAUUCAAGAGGAUCAGCAAAACAAGAACAAGGUAAAAGCGGGAGCCAUCAUUUCAACGAAUAGACUUGCCAAAAAGUUGGCUCCCACUUUUACCUUGUUCUCGUUUUGCUCAUCAUCACUGCAAGACUCCUUUCCAGUAUUUGCAUUUUCUUUAUUCUGUAUUAACUUGAGUGUGGCAACUACAGAGAACUAGAGGACACGUAAAUAAGAGGACAAGGCUUUUUCUGAAAAUUUUAUGUCCUGCGCAUGCUGUGGCCAAUGACUCAAGACAUUUGUUUACCUGUAAGCAAUUUUUUCUGAGAGACUGCAUGCCUUUUUUAUUAUUACUCAAUGCAGAACACCAAAUAGCUCACUACCUAAAACACUGAUUUUUGGCCGAAACACAUGCUAAAAUUGCAAGUUUGAAAAUCGUGUCAAUUUAGACAUGUUAAAUACAAUGAAUGCCUAAAUAUGGUGAAACAUUAAAGCGUACAGUGUGCACAAGAUAUUCACCAUUGAAUAAAAACAAGUGUACAUGAG